GUCAAUAUUUAUUGAAAUCACGUUGUUAGUACUUAAUUAUUUUUUUUUUUACUGAAUCCUCUUAAAAGAAUCAUAAAUAAUGUAUUUGAAUACCAUUUGAAUUAAGUAUAAUGCAGAUCAUAAAGCGUUGAGUCUUCAAGAGCAAUCUUGCAUUAUUUUAAUGCUGCAAGAUGUUUUCAGAUCUUGAUGAGUAUGAGAAAACUUCUUGUACAGAUAGUGAUGAAUCUUACAGCGAUCAGAUUAAUAGUGAUGUAGAAGCUGAACUCUACGGCCUAAUUCAUCAUGAGCAAAAUGAGGAAUUUUCACGAACUCCUGACAUGAAAAUGUUGAAUGCUGAGAAUAAUUCCAAUCACAAAGAGCAUAUUUCAACUCCUAAACAUAGUUCAUUUGCCACUGAGGACAGUUCUUUUUUAAAACUUUUUAAAAGCUUUGAAACUACAAGCAAAAGUUAUUUUUCUACUCCUCAAUCACAUCUUAGUAUAAGUACUCAGAACAGUUUUUCUGAAAGACUGGACGAUUCUCCAGCUAAAUGCUCAAGUUUCAAUGACAUGAAUAAAAGGAAAAGAGAUUUGCUAGAGGCUGAUGAGGAAAAAAAGCGAAAAAAAUCAGUUGUUGCCUCAAAAACCAGCAAUAAUCUUACAAAUAGUAAAAAUUUUGUGGAUUCUAGUGAGAGUGAUGACAGCAUUAUUGUUUUGGAACCUAGUAAAGAUUUUACAACAAACUUAUCUGCUCAUGAUACAGUGGAACUGAGUUCAGAUGAUUCAUCAGAUUCUGAUUUUUUCUCUUCACGUUUAAAUUCUGUUAGAUCUGAUGUGAACUCCAAAAGAAGUACAUUCUCCUCCAGUUUUAAAAAUGGUAAAACUAUCUCUGAUCCAUGGCAUGUAAAUAAUGAAGAUUUAUUUCGUACUGGUAAAAAUUCAAAAUCUCUAAAUCGAUAUCAUAAUAAAAUGCUUCAGAAGUGCACGAAUUGUAAUGAAAGUGGCCAUGCAGCUAGAUCUUGUACGGUUCCUCAACAAAAAAAAGAAAAAAAAAGAAAGGAAAGAAAAGAAACGAAAAGAAGAAGGAAAAAGAAACAUGUUUUGGUCGAUAUCAUGUGUGUGCUCUCUGUUAGGCGUUAUGUAAUUCAAGCACAUUUGUUUCUAAUAUCGUAUGAGGAAGAAAAUCACAGAACCGAAUUGCACCAACAAUCUUUCCUCAUAUAG